AUGUUAUUAAUUUGAUUGAUUCAUUCGUACAAAGAAAAGAGAUUCAAAGUAAGAUUGAAAAACAGAAUGGAGAGCAGCGCCGCACUAACUAGCAUUCGACUCACUUCCUCGAUCCGUCCUUCCCGUUUUUCUUCCCCUUUUCUUUCCCCCGCAUUUCCUCCCAAACCCACUUCUCUAUCCCUCAAGCUCCAAAAGCAGUUUCCUUUCACUUCCCAGAAUGUUCUCCAAGCUUCUAAUGCUCUCAGACCUUCUGCUUCUGUUUCUGCUAGUGAGGCGAUUGAGUUGGCAGACAUAGAUUGGGACAACCUAGGAUUUGGUCUUCAGCCUACUGAUUAUAUGUAUUUCAUGAAAUGUGAUCAAGGUGGAACCUUUUCUAAGGGUGAAUUAAAGCGUUUUGGGAACAUUGAAUUGAACCCUUCUGCUGGUGUUUUAAACUAUGGACAGGGAUUAUUUGAGGGUUUGAAAGCUUACCGUAAAGAUGAUGGGAACAUACUCCUCUUUCGUCCGGAAGAAAACGCUUUACGGAUGAAGACGGGUGCAGAGCGAAUGUGCAUGCCAUCACCUAGUGUAGAACAGUUCGUGGAAGCUGUGAAAGAUACUGUUUUAGCAAACAAACGUUGGAUCCCCCCUCAGGGUAAAGGUUCAUUGUAUAUUAGACCUUUGCUAAUGGGAAGUGGAGCUGUACUUGGGCUUGCACCUGCUCCAGAGUACACCUUUCUAAUAUAUGUUUCACCUGUUGGGAACUACUUCAAGGAAGGUUUGGCUCCAAUCAAUUUGAUUGUGGAGAGUGAACUACAUCGUGCAACUCCCGGUGGCACUGGAGGUGUGAAGACCAUUGGAAACUAUGCUGCAGUUCUUAAGGCACAGUCUGCAGCCAAGGCGAAAGGCUACUCUGAUGUUUUGUACCUUGACUGCGUGCACAAAAGAUAUUUGGAGGAGGUUUCUUCCUGCAAUAUAUUUGUUGUUAAGGGUAAUGUUAUUUCAACUCCAUCCAUCAAAGGGACUAUCCUGCCUGGCAUUACUCGAAAGAGUAUAAUUGACGUUGCUCGAAGCCAAGGAUUCGAGGUUGAGGAGCGAUUAGUGGCAGUGGACGAAUUGCUCGAGGCAGACGAGGUCUUCUGCACAGGAACAGCUGUGGUUGUAUCACCUGUUGGCAGUAUUACAUAUCUUGGCGAGAAGAAAUCUUAUGGAGAUGGUGUUGGAGCAGUUUCACAGCAACUUUAUACUGGCCUUACCAGACUACAGAUGGGUCUUGCAGAGGAUAACAUGAAUUGGACUGUUGAGCUGAGAUAAGAACACUAAAAAAUGCCUGCACUGCAUCUUUUGCUGAAAUCUUAAUCUUAUUGAAUGUCCAAGUUCUAGAAGUUUGUUAGCUUUAAUAUUUGAUGGGGGUGCUGUAGAUAGUACUGUGGUGUGUGUAUUGCUAUUUAUUUAAUGCACUAUGUAGCAAGCAGCACGCAAAAAAAUAAUUCUGCAUGUUUAUUUUCUUGGCAGCUGGGGUAGUUAAUCUAGUUUUCUUGAAAAUAGACAUUCUAGAAGCAGUACCUGUGUACCCCAGGUAUAAGCUGAUGUUUAUUCUGUUGUUUCGGCUAUUAUUUUUUGUGGGUAGUAGAGGGGUAAAAAAACCAUGGAUACAGGUUCAAUUUUCCUACUUAUUACGACGAGCCAACGUUCACGAGUUAAGGUUCAAUAGUCCAGUGGUGACAAUAUUAUGUUUGAAUUAGAAUUCGGUGACGGAACAAUGUAUUAAUGAGUAAGGCUUUGCCUAUUUUAUUUAGCGCGUGUUUGGAUUAA